AUACUAAACAUUGACGAAGAUGACAGCUGGUGAUGUAGUCGUGGUGACAGGAUUUGGUGCAUUUGGUAAUUUCACCGAAAAUCCAAGUUCACAAAUCGUGGAUCUACUAGAGGAGAAGAAAAUACCAGGUUUCGAUGGAAAGCUGGUGACUACAAAAAUGGAUGUUGCAUAUACUGAAGUUGAGGAGACUGUGAAGAAGUUGUGGAAGUAUGAACCCAAGUUAGUCGUACAUCUGGGUGUUCAUGGUUGUAAUCGCCACAUUAAGCUUGAAAAGAGAUCAUUUGGGAAGGGAUAUACAGCUUAUGAUGUCAAAGGUUGCGUACCAGAAAAUAAUGUGUGCUCAGCUUACAGUCAGUGUUCGUCCUUUAUCCUGAACACAUCGAUAAAUUGUGCUGCCAUAGCUGCUCAAGUAAAAGAUGAGAUUAACUGCAAAGAUCUGAAAAUCACGGCCUCCCUUGAUCCUGGAAGGUACUUGUGCGCAUACUCGUUUUAUUUGUCGCUCUCCCACGAUGAAUCUCGAUGUCUUUUCGUUCACGUUCCUCCAUUUGACUCGGUUUGUACACUGGAAAUCGUCACCGAAGCAAUUCAGAAAAUUAUUCUUGCUGUUCUGAAAACUCUGGAUUGAUUCUUUUUUACUUCAAUGCUCCUAAUAUUCUUGGCUCAUUUUGAUUUUUUGGGGCCUACUUGCAAAACCAGUACUAAUGGUUAGCAUUUACUCUGGUUUCUAAAAGUAUAACAAUUAUGCGAACUUAUCGCAAAACUAUGACUGACUCUUUACCCAUCAUCAGUUCAAUCCACCUUCAUUCUAUGUUUGUUUCACAGCACCUAUAAUUUUCCGGUAUGACGAAAUUGUGAUGAUGUUCGAGUUUUUCAUGAACAGUUAUAACUUGGCUGCUCAGUUUUUGUGAUCUUGUAUAGUAAAACACUAUCCUAGGUCCUAAAGUCUGUUUGUCUGAUUGCAAGUUCAGAAUUAUUAUGCUACGUAA